GUGGCAACGACAUUGGCAUUCACAUUGCUGUGGAGUGGAGCAAGUACUGCACCUUUGCGCAGCAGCAGCUCUUCAGUUCUCAAAGGUCUCCCUCUCAGUGCACAAAGGCAGCUGCCGAAGGAACAGUUUCAGCCUGAGAGCGAACCGGUGCUGAGAGCAGUGAUAAACAAUCUCCAGUAGAUACCGAGAGACGGUCUGGGGGAAGCCACACAGACAAAACCCGCGACUGCAACGCUGUUUUACCGGGACCUCAGUCCUUGGCUGGACCGCAGACAGGCUGAGACAGGAACUGAAAUACUAGGCAUCUGCAAAGAUGGAUCCUUCAUCUCUCAGUUGCCAAAUAUGUGGAUCACUAUGGAGGUGCAUCUGUGACGUGAGCUCUUGCAGUCCUGCUGUGAGAAAUAUGGACAAAUCCAAUUCUGCUCUUAGGAAAACGUCACACUUUUUACGAAACCAGCACCCCAGUAAAACUGAUUGGGACACAGACGAGAGCAAACCACGAAUUCAGAGAACCCCUGUGAAGGACAAGUGCUGCCAGACAGAUCAUCACCAUCAUGGCUGCUGCGAGCCAGCUUAUAUUGUGGAGCCAGGGGAUCCUCCUUUAUUGCAACAACAACUUCAGACAUCAAAGUCCGGCAUUCAGCAGAUCAUUGAGUGUUUUCGAUCAGGAACUGCCCAACUCAAGCACAUAUUACUGAAGGAAGUGGACACUAUCUUUGAAUGCAAACUGUGUCGAAGUCUCUUCCGAGGCCUGCCCAACCUGAUCACACACAAAGAGUUCUACUGCUUUCCCAGUCUCUCUCUGGGGGAUGACUCUGUGGCCUCAAACGACAAACAAAGCCAAGCCAUAAAAGAUCUUUUGGAAGCCAUAUAUCCCAGACAGGAUAAGCAAGAAUACACUAUAAGACUGGAGCCUAUAGAAACUAAUCAAAAUGCAGUGUACCAGUAUGUCUCAAAAGAAGAGGACCAGAACCAGACAACCGAGAAGUACAGUAGUCUUCCUGUGAAUGUGGAAGUCCCAGUUCCUGAGCAACAAGUAGCUGAUGACCUUCCAAGUGAAGAGGCUGUGGAGCCUCUUCCUGUAGAAGACCUUAAUAAGGAUGUUGUUAAAGUGGCACCUGAAGGGGAAACAGUGGAGCCUGAUCUUCCUCACGAGGAGAGUUUAAAUGGUGAAAUACUCGGGCUUCAUGUUGCUUGCUGCCUCUGUGGGAAGGACUUUAAUUCCAGGCGCAGUGUUCGACGCCACGUGAAGAAGGUGCACAAGAAAAAGAUGGAGGAGUUGAAAAAGUCCACAGAGACCAAGAGGGUGACUUCUAUCACAAAAGGACGUCCAAGGGGUGCACUGAUGCCAUCAGCUAGGAGCUGCCCUGUUUGCCAAAAAUCGUUUGCAACCAAAGCGAACGUUCGGAGACAUUUUGACGAGGUCCACAGAGGGCUAAGGAGAGAUUCCAUUACUCCUGAUAUUGCCACAAAACCUGGUCAGCUGCUGUCCCUCAAGACCAGUCCCUGUCCUCAGAAAAUGACAGGAACUCCAGGAAGAAGGCCAAAGUCAUCAUCAAAGGCUGAAUACAACCUCACAGCCUGCAAGUGUCUUCUGUGUAAAAGGAAGUACACAUCGCAAAUCAUGUUGAAGAGACAUAUGAGAAUAGUCCAUAAGAUGACCAAGCUGGAGAAUGGGUCAGCACCUGCUCCCAGUAGCGCAGAAAUAAAAGUGAAAACUGAACCCUCUGAUACAGUGGAACACCACAAUGAAUCCACACCUGUCAGUCAGUCUCCUCAAAGUGAAACAAAGGGCGGAGGACAAGCAAUAGAGAAAAAAAGCACGCCAACAGUUCCGAAGAGUAAGAUCAAGCAGGAGAGUGAUAGCCCCAAGUCAUCUAGCCCUACCACAACAAUAACAACAGGACAGAAGGGAAGAAGGCCCAAACUCUCUGUAGGCUUUGAUUUCAAGCAGCUCUACUGCAAGCUUUGCAAGCGCCAGUUUACAUCCAAACAGAACUUGACAAAACACAUUGACCUGCACACGGAUGGGAAUGAAAUCUACAUCAAAUUCUAUAGGUGCCCACUGUGUCCAUAUGAGACACGUCGCAAGAGGGAUGUUAUCCGACACAUUACAGUGGUGCAUAAAAAAUCCUCUAGGUAUUUGGCAAAGAUCACAGCCAACCUGGAGAGCCGAGCAGUAAAGAAGCCCAUCGAAGUGGUUCUUAACACUGUGGUAAGAAGGGGUCCCCAAAGAGAGGAAAAUAAGCUUGCCAAUUCAAAGCAUGAUGGGAUUUCAGGGUCUCCAUCCAGCAGGAAACAUGAAUCAGCUGAAGUUGGAACUGAGGUUAAAUUCACAAAAAACUUUUCUCUUCACACGUGUAAUAAGUGCGGAAGAGCCUUUGCUAAAAAGGCUUACCUUGAACACCAUAAGAAAACGCAUAAAACAAGUGCAUCCAGCUCACCUGAAGAAAGCAAAACCAAAGGUCGCAGCACACGAUCAAAGGCCCUAAUCUGAUACCUCCCAAUGAUGUACAGAAUACUUGCACUGGAGUUUUAAUUGUUGAAAUGAAAUAUAUCAGAUGGGAAAACCACUAAAGAUGCUGCAGAAGAUUCCUUGACUGGAACCUGGGAAGCAUAAAGGAAGGAUUUUGUGUGUACUAACAGAAUUCAUCAUGUGGAGUUUUGCUUUGCAAUAUAAAGAUAUCAAUGAAGGAGAUUUACAGGCCUAUGUGCAGAUACUGUUUCAAAGACUUAUUGCACUAUGCGUGGGGUCACACUUACACUUGUAUACUGCUGUUUUAGGUUAGGAAUAACUAAGUCUUGUAACUGUUGGACCGUGCCAAGGACUGGUUUAUAUAAUUAAAAUUUUCAGUGAAAACAUAUGUAAGUUAGGAUAUUUUAAUUAAAUUAAUUUUCAAUUGAACCUUAAAAUAACUUACACAAUGAUAAGUGUUCACAUUGCAUUUGUUUAGCAUGUAACAUUUUACCGAAUUCAGUUCUGCUGAACUUGUUUCCUCACAGGUGACUGUAUUUGCAACAAAACCAUUUGCUCUUCUCCAAAGAUCUUAAACUACUUUACUUAUAAUCAUUUUAUGUGCAUUCCACUUUCAGUAACAACAGAUAUAUGGGAAAUUUACACUUAAGAUUAGAAAACCACGGUAUUCUGCUUUUGAUCUGUUGUAAACACAGUUCUGUAAAACAAUUGAACAAUGAAUUGGUGUAUUACUAGUAAUGUAAAAUGAAAACUCAGUUGAUGCCUUUGGUGGCAUUUUCUAUAAUGAACAGUCAUUUGUCUUUACUCCUUUUUCAAAUAUGGGGAGAAGAAGAUAACAUCUAAGACUGGCUUAUUCUGUGAUUUGUAUAUAUAGCAGCCUCCAAAUGAACUUCAUACCGCUGCUAAACCCAAAAAUAUAGUUUUCUAGGUAAAUACAGAUGUCCAUCACAUUUUACAUGCACAUGUAUUCAUACCCUCUAUAUUUAUUAAAAAUAAAACUGUAAAUCAAAGUUCUAAAUUUAAUUGAAUCAUUUUUUAGUUAUCUGAGUUUAUAGACACUUUUGCAAGUCACCUUGAUUCUCCUUGGGUAUUAAAGAAGGCUCAGCACAGAAGCUACUGUAAAUACUCAGUGUCACGUUAUUGUGAAUAUACGUACACCAUUUGGAGGCUCCUAUAUAUUACACUCCUUGUAUUCAUUUCUACUAAUGUGAAAAGUGAUGGAUUAAUAGUUGUACACUUCAGUUAGCGCCAGGUAGAUUUUGACCCUUUUAAUAAUAGCGAUAAUAGGAGAUGGGUUGAGUAGUUUCUGUGGAUGUAUAACUUCAAAAACAGUAGUCAUAUCCACUGUUGGUUAAGAUAAUUAAAUUUGAGCUGGAUGUUUGUCCUGUUUCUCUUUGAGACACCAUAUGGACAUGUUUAAAUGUAAAAAUAAAAUAAUUAUUUUUUAACAGAAAGUAUUAUUUUGAAAGAAAUAGGUUUUACUUUGCAGAGUGUUAAUGGCAUCAUUUCUUCUAGUCAUUUUAAUGAAGUAUGUGAGUUGGCAGCUUUCAGUUCUAAGAAUUUAUAUUUUAUAAGUAUACAGUUAUUUCUGCAUUAGUACAUGAUGUUCUGUAAAUAGUUUUGCUAAAUGUGAUUGUUAGUAAGAUCUUUGUGUUCAAUAUUUUACUGCUGAAAUAUGGAUUUCCAGGUAUGAUAGAAAUGUUGAAAAGAAGUAAUAGGUUUAUUCCAUGCUGAAAAGAGAAGAAAGAAAACACAACAUUUCAGCUGUGGAGACUUCUUCUCUUUUCAGCAUGGAAUAAACCUAUUGUUCCACUGCAGCCUGCGUAUGCAGAUGCAGCUACCCACCUGAACAUGUUGAAAAGAAUCCUGGUUUGAAGGUAUAUUAAUUCUGUAACUGUUCAGAAAUGCUACUCAUUUUGGAUUGUUAAACAUCCCUGAAGAAACCAGGGAGAAAAACCAAACUUCAUGUCAGACCCCUUAACAAAUUCCCCCUUGAAUGGCGGUGCUGUAUUGAAAGCUGUAACUUUUUUAGGUUGCCUGUGAAAUGACUCAUGGUUUAACACACACACACCAACAAACAUAAAAGACAAAUAAAUGCACUGCUCUUUAGGAUGGCAAAUCCCCUCAGGUGGUCUUACUUGGUUUCUUUAAAUCAUAGGGAUUAUUUUUAUUAACUAGAAUGUCACAUUCUAAUUUUCAUUUUGUAUGUUUUGUAUGUAUCUUGCUCUUUGAUUGUUGGAUAGCGAAGGGCACAUUUGCAUUUUUGAAAAGGGUACUAUAAUUCACUCCAUAGAGUGUAAUAGAAAUUUUAACAGGAUGAACUGUGAUUUUUUUCUUUCAUAAAAGGAGCACAUGUGUGUUCAUAUUUAAGCCUGGUUCACACUACACAGAUCGCAAACGUGUGUUAUUACUAGCCUUAAGACAAUCCUUUGAGAAGCAAGUCUACAAAUCUUAAAGUCGAGUUUGACAAGGAAAAGGAUGUUGAAAGUAUUCUAAAUAACAUGUGCUUAAAGGAACAUAUGGAAUGUUCACAGUUAAGGUAAGACAAACAACCUGGUUUAAGGAUUGUUAGAUGAUUUGUCUUGUAUUGUGAAGCAGGCAUUUGGGUGCAAGAUAAAUUAGUUUCAGAUUCAUGUGAAACAUUAUAUAAAGUAGCACCUUCACAAUGUGAGAGCCAGUCUGUUUAAUAAUUUUGUAAAUCUCAUUUGUGCCAUAUGGUAUUCAGUGUUUUUGGUGCCCUUAUGUUUAAGAAGGAUGAUUAUAUAGUACACAAAAACAGUAAUUGUAAACAACAUUGACUAAAAGCACAUCAUUUAUAACAAUAAAGCCUUUAAAAUUGAACAUUUAUCUUAGUCUUAGAAUUUGACUACUCCAGCCACCAGUAAUUUAUUAUUAUGUCAAUUAUUUUACUAUCUGCUGCAUCAGCUUGCAAUUAAAACAACUUGGGUCUUCUUCAUGUAACAAGGUAAUGGUAGUCUUCCUAGUGCUUUGCACUAAAUCAAUGCAAUGAAUAGGAAAAAAAGAAGGUAGAUACUCUUGUAAUUCUUCAAAUGAAUGUAUGAUGAUGGAUAAAUGCACUAUGUAUCAAUAAUAAACUAAAGGUUUGAAGCUG